AUGUCAAAAACCGAAAUUGAAUGUGAUUACAUUUCAGAGAUUAAUCCAACAGAUAACAUUAAUACUUUAAUUGAUAAAUUGUUCACACUUUUGAUAAAAACACAAGAUGAAGGCAAAAAUUUUGAUGAAACUAAGAAUUUUCUUAAUAAAUGUAUUGCCUUUUCUACUCAAUCAACCGAUGCUGUUUUUAACUGGCUGAAAGUAAAUCAUAAUGAAUCAAAAUUUUCCUUCUUACUAGGAAUUUUUUAUUAUUAUAAUAUGCUUAUUUUAAAAAAUAAUAAUAAUGAAUUUAAAUAUUUUCAAAAAGCAUCAAUUGAUUAUCCUGUUUCACAAUUACAUUUGGGACUUAAUUACAUUCAUAAUCAAAAAAUUAUUCAUCGAGAUUUUCAUAGUGGAAAUAUUCUUUGUGAAAAUGUAUAUGAUAAUUAUGAUAUUGUAAUAAGUGAUUUGGGAAUUAGUAAAUUAUCAACUGAAGUAUCAGAAAAUAAUAAUGAAUAUUAUGGAAUUAUGCCUUAUAUUGCCUCAGAAAUUUUUCAAAGACAAAAAUAUACUGAAACUUCAGAUAUAUAUAGCUUCGGUAUGAUUAUGUGGGAAUUAAUGACAGGUAGAAGACCUUUUUGGGAUCGAGAUUAUGAUACAUCACUUAUUAUUGAAAUUUGUGAUGGUUUGCGUCCUCCAAUUGAUACAAAUGCACCUGAAGGCUAUAUUAAAAUAAUGCAAAAUUGUUGGCAUUCUAAUCCGAAUAAAAGACCAUCAGCUAGUAAUAUAUGUGAUAUUAUCGAACAAAUUAUAUUAAAAGAAGAAAACAAUCCAACUAAAAUUAUUAAAUCAUUAAAUGCUAGUCCUGUAAUUACAAAUAAAUUUACCUCAGGUAAAAGAAAGUAUGAUGAUAAUAACCAUAACGAUAAAUACUGUAAUGAAUCUAAAAAAUCUAAUAAGAGUUUUUAUCAUACAGAUUAUGCUUCCAAAGCAUUAGAAUAUGAUGUAUAA